UUAGCUUGCUGGCAGGGGCUAUAAGUUUUGGGUUGAAUUUAGUAAAUGCAGAACUCAUUAAAGGUUUGGACGCCGUGAAGGAGCCCAAUACUUGUGGAAAAGUCUCCAUCUCCGUUUCAAUUGAAUUAGCGGCUCGGCAGGAUGUUAGCAAGGAUGGGGCCUGUCUUGUUGCUCUGGCUGGCCGUGUGCCUCAGUGGGUCCUGGGCUGUGGACAAGGGCAACUUCAAGACCUGCGACCAAAGUGCUUUCUGCAAGCGCCAGCGAGCGAUGAAGCCUGGUGAGUCCCCUUAUCGGGCCCUGCUGGAAACCAUGGAGCUGACCAACACCAGACUCACCCUGCAGCUCAUCAAUGACAAUAACAAGGUGCGUCUUCUGCUCGAACUCUACCGUCUCCAGGGAAACAUAACGAGGGUGAAGAUUAACGAGCUGAAGCCUCUGAAGCCUCGCUAUGAAGUCCCAGACGUGCUCAUCAGGGAGCCGCCGACCGAGCCUCUGUCUCUCCUGUCCCAGGACGAGAACGGGGUGGUGCUGUCCCUGGGAGCAGAGUCCCAGCGGGUCAUUGUCAGCGCCCGGCCCUUCAGGCUCGACAUCGUGGAGGGACGCGACGUCCUGAUGUCCCUGAACUCGCGAGGCCUGCUCGGUUUUGAGCACCUGAGGAUGCGCAAGGACACUUUCUCCUAUAAAGUAACUAGCACAGUGGCUAGCGUGUGGGAUAAUAUCAAGAGGGUAUUCUCUAGUCAGGCCGACCCGGAGGCUGAGAACAAAGAGGGGACGGACCCUGCCAACCCGGCCGAGACUGCAAAAGAAGAGGAAGAGAAAGUAGAAGAUGGGAUGUGGGAGGAGACGUUUAAAUCGCACACAGACAGCAAACCGAGCGGUCCUUCUGCCGUUAGUUUAGACUUUUCGUUGCCAGGCGUGGAGCACGUCUACGGCAUCCCAGAACACGCAGACACCCUCAAGCUUAAAACGACAGAUAGUGGGGAUCCGUAUCGGCUGUAUAACCUGGAUGUUUUCCAGUAUGAACUGUAUAACCCGAUGGCUCUAUAUGGGGCAGUCCCAGUGAUGUUAUCUCACAACGCUCAGCGUACCAUGGGCAUCUUCUGGCUCAACGCUGCAGAAACCUGGGUGGAUAUAAGUUCAAACACAGCAGGAAAGACGGUGUUUGGGAAAAUGCUGGAUUACGUCCAGGGCUCCAGCGAGACGCCACAGACGGAUGUUCGUUGGAUCUCAGAAAGUGGAAUCAUAGAUGUCUUCCUCAUGCUGGGACCGACUCCCAGAGACGUCUUCUCUCAGUACGCCUCUCUAACGGGCACUCAGGCCUUCCCCCCUCUGGCCUCACUGGGAUACCACCAGUGCCGCUGGAACUACAACGACCAGGAAGACGUGCGCUCGGUGGACGCCGGCUUCGACGAGCACGACAUCCCCUAUGACUUUAUUUGGCUUGAUAUCGAGCACACAGACGGGAAGCGCUACUUUACCUGGGAUCCUCACAAGUUUGCAUCACCAAAGGAGAUGCUGCAGGGUCUCCUGGACAAGAAACGCAAGAUGGUUGCGAUCGUCGACCCUCACAUCAAAGUGGACACAAACUACAAGAUCCACAACGAGAUCCGCUCUCGGGGUUUCUAUGUGAAGAAUAAAGAUGGCGGAGACUACGAAGGCUGGUGCUGGCCUGGGAGUGCAGGUUAUCCAGACUUCACCCGUCCUGACAUGAGGGCCUGGUGGGCCAGCCAGUUUGCAUACGAUCAGUAUGAGGGCGCCAUGGAGAACUUGUAUACCUGGAACGACAUGAAUGAGCCGUCCGUGUUCAACGGGCCGGAGGUCACCAUGCACAAAGACGCGAUGCACGAGUCCUGGGAGCACCGUGACGUGCACAACUUAUACGGCCUUUAUGUGCACAGGGCCACGGCAGAGGGUUUGGUCGAGAGGUCUGGAGGAGUCGAGAGACCGUUUGUCCUCACCAGAGCUUUCUUUGCUGGUUCCCAGCGCUACGGUGCUGUGUGGACUGGAGACAACGCUGCGGAGUGGGACCACCUGAAGAUCUCUAUCCCCAUGUGUCUGAGUCUGGGCCUGGUGGGAAUCUCCUUCUGUGGUGCUGAUGUCGGCGGGUUCUUUAAGUCGCCGAGCACCGAGCUGCUGGUGCGUUGGUACCAGACGGGGGCGUACCAGCCCUUCUUCCGGGCCCACGCCCACCUGGACACGCCACGCCGCGAGCCCUGGCUGUUUGGUCCAGAAAACACGGCUCUGAUCCGCGAAGUCAUUCGCCAGCGCUACACGUUCUUGCCUUACUGGUACCAGCUGUUCUACCUCGCAUAUCACACUGGAGAACCCGUCAUGAGGCCACUUUGGGUGGAGUAUCCCCAGGAUCCUGCUACUUUUGCUCUGGAUGAUGAGUUUUUGCUCGGCCGAGACCUGUUGGUGCAUCCUGUAACUGAAGAGGGAGCCAGAGGCGUCACCGCUUACCUGCCGGGGAAACAUGAGGUCUGGUUUGACAUUCACACCUUCCAGAAGCACAACGGCGGCCAAAACCUUUACAUUCCUGUCACCAUGAGCUCCAUCCCGGUGUUCCAGCGCGGCGGCUCCAUUAUUCCCAGGAAGCUCCGAGUCCGCAGGUCCUCCACCUGCAUGGAGCACGACCCGUACACUCUGUAUGUGGCUCUUGAUAAUCAGAGAACGGCAGAAGGAGAGCUGUACAUCGAUGACGGCCACACCUUUAACUAUGAGAAGAAAGAGUUGAUCCACAGGAAGUUUUCCUUCGCCAACGGCGUCCUCUCCUCUGUUGACCUUGAACCAAACGCCCAGUUUACAACCAAGUCUUGGGUGGAACGCAUCAUCAUACUGGGAGCCAGUAAACCCAGCAUGGUUACUCUUAAAACUGCUGAUGGUGAGAACCAGCUGGAGUUUGAUUUCGACGCCUCCAUGUCUGUGUUAACUAUCCGCAAGCCCGGCAUGAAUGCGGGGGCAGACUGGACCGUGACCCUGCAGUGACCCCCAGAGACGGAAGACGAAAACAGAAAACUAGACUGAAACAGGAGGAGAUGGAGAGAGUAGGGAAUAGACAGACUCCAUUAAUACUCCAGACUAACUAGAGCAGGACAUCAGAGUAACUGCAGAAACACAGAUCACACUCUCCAUCCACAUUAACACAGCUUGUUGACGCUGAACUCUGCCAUUUCCUCUUUGUGUUCAGUCACACUGUAAGAUCUGAUGGCAACGAUUAAAAAAUUACUACUAGAUAGGAAAA